UCCCUCCCUCCUCCCUCCCUGUAUCUGUCCAUGUGCAGCUGUAUGACUUGGGUUCUCCGGCUGACUCUCAGUCCAGCUCGCCCGGCUGCCCGGCCACUGACAGCAGCUGUGUCAACAUGGGCUUCCCGUCCUGCGGCCGCCGCGGCCGCUGUCACGGCGAGUGGGGCUCGUUCAGCUGCCAGUGUGUGCCGGGAUACACGGGACACGGGUGUGAGGAGGAGGUGCCAGAGUUCUCCUUGGAUGGACACAGUUACGUCCAGUACCAGCUGGCGUCACCGCUGCCGGCUCGCAGGACGUGGAUUCAAGUCCUGGUUCGAACCCGGAAACACAACAGUACGAUCAUCAGCGUGACGUCCAAGGAGCAGAGUGAAUACCUGAGACUCGAGAUUUUCCAAGGUCUCCUCUGUGUUUUCUUCAACCUCGGCGACGGAGACUACAACUUAACCCUGCCCACUUAUCGCCUCGACAACGGGGAGUGGCACGAGGUCCACCUGGAUCGCCACGACAACGAGAUGACACUGCGGCUGGACGGCGGCGGGGGUCAGCGGGAGGUCACCGGGUCGCGUGGGCGCAGCAGAGAAAUCGUAAUUGACCCCAGUGCCGUGAUUCUGGGAAACACUUUCCCGUCUGAGAUCAACAAAAGCUUCCAGGGUUGUGUGAGGGACGUUCGUCUCAAUGGACGCUACAUGCCACUGGACAGUCAGCCACGAGACGGGGUUUCCCAGGUCAGCAUGCAAGGGCUGUCCCCCGGCUGCUCGUCUGACUCCUGCAAGAAGAACCACUGCAGCCCCCCGUUCACCUGUGUGGACCUGUGGAGAGUGCACGAGUGCAGAUGUCCUCCCGGUCACAUGAUCCGCGUGAACGGCUCCAGGAAGUCGUGCGUGUACACGCUGUGUGCGACUCGUCCCUGUCACCGGGGAACCUGCGUGGCUCAGUCGCCCUCCAAAUUCACCUGCCACUGUCCGGAGGGCUACAGGGGGCGCCACUGCGAGACGCCACUGGCCAUUUACAGGGAAGACGUGGGCCUGAGCUUCAGCUCGCUGUUCGCGAUCUGUAUCUGCUUCAUGGCCUUAUUAGGUAUGUACUCACACUG